AAGCAAUAAUGAUUAAGUACAAAGCGACAAUUUUUGCAGAAAGCCAAUGCUUUACAUAAAGCAUCGGGCUCGAUAUUCCUUUACCGCGCUUGAACUGUUGACAGGUAAACAAUUUGGUCUCCUCUUAGUUUAGUGAACAUCAACGAUGUCAACGGAAGAUCGCAUAUUGAACAAUAUAUACAAACCAAGUUUUUCUAAUGUUCUUUCACCAGUGAUAUUACAGCAUAUGGCCAGAGAAUGGUUAAAAGAAGACACGCCAAACUUUGAUUAUGGUGGAUUUGUAGUGGGUGAAAAAGAAGAGACUGCUCUUCUCUUAAUCAAAAGUGCAGGUGUUUUAGCUGGGAAACCAUUCUUUAAUGCUGUUUUCAAAGAAUUAGACUGUGCUGUCUCAUGGGAAUAUGACGAAGGUGAAUUCUUAGAGCCAAUCCAGUGUGUUGCCAAAGUUACUGGUAAAGUCCGUCAGUUAUUGCUGGGUGAGAGAGUGGCAUUAAAUUGUCUUUCUAGGGCUAGUGGUAUUGCUUCUCUUGCAAGACAGUUAGCUAAGAUUAAGGAGACAGCUGCUUGGAAGGGUGAAAUUGCAGGUACACGUAAAACCACCCCUGGAUUUAGGCUGGUGGAAAAAUAUGCUUUAAUUGUGGGGUCUGUUUCCACACAUCGACAUGAUUUAUCCUCAAUGAUAAUGUUAAAAGACAAUCACAUCUGGACUUCAGGGAGUAUAACGCAGGCUGUGAAAGAUGCCAGAAUUGUUGGUGGAUUCUCUUUAAAGGUAGAAGUAGAAUGCCGGAGCGUAGAUGAGGCAUUGGAAGCAGCAGAAGCAGGCAGUGAUAUUGUCAUGCUGGAUAAUUUCUCUCCUGAGGCACUGCCAGAUGCAACAGAAAGAAUAAAGUCCAAGUUUCCAAAUGUUUUGAUAGAAGCCAGUGGUGGAAUCACCGAGUCCAACAUACAGAACUAUAUGAUACCGGGGGUGGAUGUAGUAUCAUUGAGCAGGCUGACCCAAGGUUAUGAUGUAGUGGACUUCUCACUGAAAAUUCAGAAGGAGGGAGUUGAUCCAAGAAAUUUACCUGUUAAAUGACAAAUAGGAACUGAAAAUAUAUAGGGUUAAAGGUUAAAGAUGAAGUACAGUGAAUGGAUCCAUACAUGUCUUUAAUAAUUAGAACAGUUUUAGAAAAAUUGAGCUGUGAGCUCUUCAGAUGUUUUGAAAUACAAAUGUAUUGCAAUGUAACAUUUGAAGUUAAUGUCUGGAUCACAAAUGUGACUCAAAUGCCAUGGAUUAUGUCAAAGUCAUGCAUUUGGAAGUCUGGAUCACUUUUUCUCUCUGUAUAAUUCUCAAAUAUUUCAAACCCUUGGAUAACCUUAAUUUUUCCUUGGUCCUUUCAAGUUCAAAAUAAUGGGAUUUAAUUGCAUUUAAAUGUAUUUAUCGAAGAAUGUAAUAUUGUUGGUUAAUUCACUAGUCUUGAUAAUGUCUAGUCUUUAGAAUUAUGAUGAGCAGAAAGAUCCUGUUAUAUUAUUGACAAGAAAAAAAGCUUUUUUAAAAUUAUUUUAAAGACAGAAAAAUGGCAUACAUGUUAAAGAAUUGCAAUAUAAUAUUUGUCUUACUUAG